GAUCACGGAGUUGUUACAAAGGAAUCCACCAGUGGGAAACCAUCGCAUGGGAGAUACGUGCUGAAAUGGACCUAAAUGUGUUUGAUGUUGUGGUUGUUACUACUGUUUCCAAAAAUGCUCUGACUUCCCCCAGAAUCUACACCGCAGUUGUUUUUUGAGUGAGAGAUAUGGCUCUGUUUUUGCAGACAUCACUUUCCAAAUCUUGCAUGCAGAUGCCUGUAGCUAUAUGGACUUUUGUUUUUUUGUUUUUUUAAUUGAUGUUUUUCAUAUCCUUCGCUUGACCCGUUGGCAAAUGUUGACCGCGAGGACGCCCGUUUGACUUGUCUUGCUGGAAAAGAGAGACUGCGAUGAGACUGGAGACAGUGCCCGAGACACUGCUCUCUUUAGAAAACUUACUCUAAAGUUCUCUUUAUGGCGUUUCAAAAUGUCAGACUCUAACUUGAGGAACGAAAGCAUCUAUGGGAUCUAUUUUGCCGAAGCUUUCAAUGCGUCUGUUUUGGACCGAGUAUUUCCGAACGACAGCAUCUCGACAUGUCGGAACUUCACAUUGGACUCGCAGGUUGUCGGGGUUGGGAUCUUUCUCUCCGUUUUCAUUUCGGUUGCAAUUGUUGGGAACAUCUUGGUCAUCCUGUCCGUGGUAUGCAAUAGACAUUUGCAGACUGUCACCAACUUCUUCAUCGUUAACUUAGCCAUUGCAGACCUGCUGCUGGGCAUUAUUGUCCUGCCCUUCUCCGCAUCUUUGGAGGUUCUGGGAUGCUGGGUGUUCGGCCGGGUCUUCUGUAACAUCUGGGCAGCGGUGGACGUGCUCUGCUGCACCGCAUCAAUCCUCAGCCUCUGCAUCAUCUCCAUCGACCGGUACAUAGGGGUGAAAUACUGCCUCAAAUACCCGAGUAUUAUGACAGAGAGGAGGGCAGUGGUUAUUCUACUCCUGGUUUGGGUGUCAUCCACGGUCAUCUCCGUCGGACCGCUCCUGGGAUGGAAGGAACCGCCGCCUGUGGACGACAGCAUCUGCAGGAUCACGGAGGAGCCGGGCUACGCGCUCUUCUCCUCUCUCUUCUCUUUCUACCUCCCGCUCAUGGUCAUUCUCAUCAUGUACUUCAGGGUCUAUGUGGUGGCCCGCAGGACUACGAAGAGCCUGGAAGCGGGCGUAAAACGGGAGCGUAAUAAGUCGAUGGAAGUGGUCCUCCGGAUACACUGUCGCAGCGUGCUGGAGGACGCGCGUCCCCCGAGCGCAAAAAGCAGCAAAAACCACCCUUUUCGAAGUUCCCUGUCAGUGCGGCUGAUGAAGUUCUCCAGGGAGAAAAAGGCGGCUAAAACGCUCGCCAUCGUCGUGGGGAUGUUUAUCCUCUGUUGGCUGCCUUUUUUCUUCUUUCUGCCCAUGGGUUCCUUCUUCCCGGCACUGAAGCCAUCUGAAACUGUGUUCAAGGUGGUCUUUUGGCUGGGCUACUUCAACAGCUGCAUCAACCCCAUGAUCUACCCCUGCUCCAGCAAAGAGUUCCAGAGGGCGUUCACUCGGCUCCUCAGGUGCCAGUGUCACCAAAGACGGAGGGUCCUGCGUCGCUUCUAUGACCAGAGGUGGCGGACGGCUGUCAAGGGAAUGACAAGAGAUCAGAGAGCAGACUUUCAGCGUGGCUAUGCUGUGCAUGAAUCCUGUGGCAGCUCCUUGUUACACAAGGGGAAAGGGCACCCGCUAGGUUUCAAGAGAUGGAGACUGUUUCCACCCCUGCAGAAGUCCUCCUUCCAGCUCAAAGAGAAAGUGAACAAUCUGUCAAAUAAAAUCAAGGGAGGAACAGGAAAAGGUGCCACACCUGCAGUGGGCCGGAUUGAUAUAGUAGAUACAGUCUCUAUGGGGAUUUACAACUCCUGUGAGCGGAACAGUUAUCAGUUCUAUGAUCUGGCAGACUGCUAUGGCCUGAAAGAGACUGAUAUUUAGAGGGUCGCCAGAGAAUCUUUUAUUUAUUUUCAAAGGGCCAUAUUGGACCAACAUGUAAGAAAGACUGCGAUAGGGCAUAAUUUUGUGUUGACAAAAUAUCAGAGAAUCAAAGCUUAAUUAAAGCUAUGGACUGAGAAUGACGGCUGGAUCUUAGCACAAACAGGACUAAAACUUUAUCUCAUUCCCUCAUGACCAUCAUGUUUAUUUAGAUGAAAAUUCUUGUGAACUGCUUAUAGCCACAUAUUGAAAGUGGAUGCUAUAGUAGCCAACUCCUUGGACUUUAUUUUACUGCUGUCACUUGGAAGCACUGUGCAUUGACUUUACACAGCCCACAGUUGGCAGGUGUACGCACUUUUGGUAAGACAUUAAACGUAAGCCAGUGUCAUUAUUACUGUUACACUUCUUCAAAUUUCAUAUCAGACAGUCUCCAUGUCUUUGAGUAUUAGCCAGCUGACACUGUGUUAUGACUCCCGGUUGAGUGGCGACUGCUUUAUUUCAUGUCCAGCUGGUUUGAAACAAAGACAAGAAAAGGAACAAAACACUAUUACAAACUGUAAUGGACUGAAACUAAUAUUUCAAAGCCCUAACAGAGCAAAGUUAGAGUCGUAAGUGCAAUUUUUAUUGUUGAAUGAAUUAUGAAACUUCAUCUGCAAAUUUUCUGUUUUGACAAGGCAUUGUAAAGAUAAGAAGUCAGCUAAAAUUAAAGAUGCUACACAGUAUUUAUUUUAAAGGUUGGAUUUAUAAGUUAAUUUGGCACCGAUAUGUACACUAGAGUUUGAAUGAAAACCCAUGAGUCUACUUGGCCCACCUAAUUGUAAUUUGCAUUGCCAAGGGAGUGCUAAUGUGAAAUAUGCUUUUUUUUUGUAUUUUCUGAUGUU